UUCAAUCAUUAAACCCAUUUGAUUAACCAAAGAAAAUGCUCCAAAGCCGUUUCAUGUGGCAUUUAUAUUUUUCUGUUCUGUACUGCCUUCUCCUUAAAUUUUGUAUUCAGUUUCAGCCAUGUCUAACACCUGUGCUUUGAAAUCUUUAUUAAGAGCAUUGUAUAGUACCUACUUUGUAGUACUAAUUAUUUCUAUUCAUCUUCGCAUGUAUUAAUUUAUGCUCACAACCUUUUCAUAUUCUUUGCUGCUGUAUAUAAAUGUCCACCAUAAGAUGUCUUUGUCCAUUAUCCUAUUUCUCUCCCCCAGAUACACUUUCUGCAGGUUUCUUGCUUACUGCACCACAAAAACUGGUAACACUUCUCCACUUUGUAUUUACUUUAUAAAACUCACUGUGAUUUUUAUAUUAUUGUCAGUUGAAGUUGAUCACUUUUAAAAUCUAAAACAAAAGAAUCGCUCGAUAAUAUAUGUUUGUCACGUAUCAUAUCUUUGAAUGUCAUUCUUGUACGACAACUAUGUAUAGUAUUUGGUCGUGCAUCGUCUGAAUGGUAAAAUUAGAUAGGGAAAUCCGCUCCUACACUGUAAAUAUAUAUUUUGUUAGCAUCUACCUCCUAGCUACUACAGGAAUACAAUGGCAAGUGAAGAAGAGUUAAGUCACCAGUGUAUACCAAUUAGCAAAUUGAAGAGAUAUGCAACAGAAUGGGUGAUCAAAGUGUUAGUCAUUCGACGGGGCUUAACAAAAGAGUACAAAACUGAAAACUGCGAGGGUAUUCGUUGGCAGCUCAUUUUUGUUGACGAAGAGGGAACAAAAAUACAAACUACUCUUUUCAACAAAGACGUACACAGUUGGAACAAAAGUUUAACCCUAAAUCAAAGCUACUACAUUAUUAAUGGGAAAGUAAACGCUGCUAAACCAAAGUUCUUAUCGGUGCACAAGGAGCGAGCUCGAAGUAGUGUUUAAUAACAACAGAGAGGUGAUCGAGUGCCAUAGCCAGUUUAUGACUCAACAGUUCUCGGAUGGUUUUAUUUCCAUCGAAGAAGCCGAAAAGAUCACUACUGGCACUUUCUUUGACGCGGUUUGUAUUUUAGUUAAAGUAAAAGCACUAAAUAGAGAUGGAUGAACCAAAAGGCGAGAAGUAGUGACAAACCAAAGGUAUGAUCGUAAAAUAAUGACUUUGUGGGGAGACUUAGCUGAAAUUGAAGGAGAGUUGUUAGAGAACGUUGAAAAUAUCAAACCUGUGCUUGCUUUUUGUGAUGUUAAAUGCUCUAUUUACAAAGGGGAUUUUGUCCUUUCCACGACUCCUAUCAGUAGUUUGCUAAUCAAUCCAGCGUUUGAAAAAGCCGACAAUCUCCAGAAGUGGCAUGACAGCAUGAAGGCAAAGAAUAUUGACAUAAGUUUAAUGCCAAGUCGAUUAAUGCGCACAACCCGAAAAGUGAAAAUUUCUGACAUUUUGGACGGUUCACUUGCCAAUGUGAAGGACAUGUACUAUAAGUUCAAUGCUGAGAUUAGUAACAUUGACAAUAACAAUGACCCAUGGUAUCAUGCUUGCAAGAAAUGCUAUAGGUGGGUAACUGUUAUAGAGAGUGCUGCAACUUGUGACUACUGUUCGGGAGAAGAUAUUGAUUAUGAGGAGAGGUAUAGGUUAAAGUUUGAUGUCACUACUGACGACCAAUCUCUAAGUAUUACGUUGUUUGAUGCUGCGCAAUUCUUUUUUGGUUGCGACGUAAAGGAGUAUGUUUGCUCGACAUUUGUGAAGAAAGAGGAUUCUGGGUACUACCGCAAGUUGGUAUUGAGUAAGGGAAAAUAAUUCAGUAUCCCUGUGAAGAUUGAUCGGAAUUUUGCAACAGGAGAUUCAAAAAUGAAUUUGAUAGCUGCAGAGAUACAUGAGGUUGAAACAUUAAUUACAGCAUAUGAAAGCGACGUUGAAACAUUGAUUAAAAAUCAAAGAAGCAAGAGGACCAAGAAGGUUAAAGAUAACAAUGGAGAGCCCCAGCAAAUGACUGAUACGAUCAAACCGCUAGCUGGUGACAUACCUCAUGAUGAAACCAAAAACGCUGCAGAUGAAAUAGAGAUUGAAACCCCAAUAAUAAAGCUAAGAAGCAAGAGGACUAGGAAAGUUAAAAAUACCAAUGCAGACCGCCCAAUGAUUGAUAACACGAAUCACAUAGCUACAGAGAUACAUAAGGUUGGAAAAGAUGUUGGCCCGGCCAAAAGUGAGAUCGAAACGCCGUUAAUAAAGCUAAGAAGCAGGAGGACCAGGAAGAUUAAAGAAAAAAUUGCAGACCAACAUCCAAUGCGUGUUAAAAAGAUCAAAGUGGAAAAGAAAUAGUUACUGUGUUUUCUAAUAUACUGUCUUUAGCUA